AUCACGUGAGCGCUGCCUGUAAUGGACUGUACGGGAAGUGACAGUGAUUGGCUGCUGCGUCAGGUGACGCGUGUCUACCAAUCAGAAGGUGCGCUCGAUUUUUGCGGAUCUGCGGCGGCCGCACAGGCUGCUGCCUGGGAACUGUUCAUGGCGGACGAGACCGAAGACUCUGCAGAGAAGAAAGGUCUCCUCAUUGCUGUCGGCUCUUCUGUGGAGAAGAUCAUUUCUCAUUUUAACACAAGCAGGAACCAAGUGCAGAAGGCACAGCUUGGGGACAGCAGACUAAGCCCAGUCUUGGGGUACCUCAUCCUGAACCACCUGUGUCCCUCACUGUCCUCGCUCUUUGCCGAUGGGCUGAAGCCUUAUCAGAAGGAUGUAAUUGUGGGCCGGAGGAGGCUGAGCCCGUGGAGUCUGGUGGAGGCUUCUACUAAGACAGGCCCAGAGGUCAUCCACCUCCUGUGCAGUAAAGUCAGCCGCUUACACCAACUACGAGACCCUCAGAGGAAAUUCAAUGCCUUCAUCUUCGGUCUCCUGAAUAUGAAACAGCUGGAUGUGUGGGUUCUGCAUCUUCAUCAGAUUUACGAUCAGCUUUCCACAUUUUAUCUUCCAUCUGGGUUCCUGCCAUUGGCAGCGACAUUGCGUUUCGAGCUUCGGGAUGAGCUGCUCUUGAGUCUACAGCCCCUGUCUGCGCUCACCUUUCACACUGACCUUCUCUUUGAACAUCAUCAUCUUUCACUACAAGAUCUGCCGACCCCUCACAGAGUGCACAGCCCUAGAUAUGUGUCCGAUCACUGGACUGUCCCUUCCUUACAGAACAUACUGGAUUUAAGAGGAUGGAUCACACACAACCUCAUGUGGAAUGCUGGGAACAAGGCCCCAACUCCUGAUAAAGGAAAACCAAUAGAUAGUCCUGGAGAUAAGUGCCCCGAAAAUGUGCUGCAGCCUAGCAUGUCUUCUGUGGCCAAAGACAUCUCAUCUUCUGGCAGAGUCACCAACAAAGAAACAUCCCCAGGUGUUACUCCCAGCAGAGACGUGUCCAGCAACUGGUGGGGACAUCUGAGCCAAGCUUCCCGCAUCUACAUCCCUGCAAACAGGGAAUCACUCAACUUCCCGUCUCUGAAGAAACUGACCAGCUGGGUCCCCAUGGAUAAAGAGCUGAAACAAAGAGCAUCAUCCUCAAACAAAAGAGACUUCCAAGAGCAAAGCCUCACCCAGGAGAUGACCAGUGUUGGAGAUCCCCAAAGCAUGGUCAGUGGUAAUGAGCAGCAGAAGCAACAGGUGGACACGGAGAAUGAUAACCUGGGGGCAUCUGGAGGUACAACCUGCAGCGCUGGGGCUGAACCAGUUCUCACUACGGUGGAUGGCAGCACAGGGCAGCAUCCGAACAAUCAGGAGAAGGGGAACUGGCUUGGACAACCGUUUGGAGCAAGUACCGGGCGUUGUCGAGAGAUGGAACCAGGAACUUCAAAAUUAAGGCGUCCCUCCAGUUGGCUGCCCCCAAAUGUCAAUGUUUGGAACCUCAUUAAGAAGCAGUCCACCCCAGUGAAACCGGAUUUCUUCUCACAUGAAGAAGAGGAACCCAGGCAGAGGGACAGCAGUCCACCCCAAAGGUCUGUUCGUGCCCUGUGUGACCAUGCCACCUCAGGCGAGGCUCAGCUCAGCUUUAAGAAAGGAGAUGUUCUGCAGCUGCUCGAUACGGUGGACGAGGACUGGAUCCAGUGUCGUCAUGGAAAUGAUACUGGUUUGGUACCAGUUGGAUACACAUCGCUGAUCCUAUGAUCUCGACAUCUUCUACAUAUGAGCUCCUUGUAUACACAUCUCAGUAUUUGGAUCCUUCUUGUACCCCCAAGAGGCGAGAUUUACAUGUCGGGGGCCUGUGAUCAGCCACCAGUGGCACACCUAUGUUCCAGCAGCAGCAUCCUGGAUUGUGGAAAUCACGUGCCACUGCUCCAGGCAGAGGGUGUAAUAUACAGAUCGAUUAUAUAUUAUCAGUCUGGGUGCCCCUGGACUGUGCAUUGUGGCCCCUGUGGUUGUCUCACUGGUAUCUGUAUGUAUUAUUAAUAGAUGGACACGGACUGUGGCACAGAGGACGCCGGCUGCCGCCAUCUCUCGCCGUUCUUCACACACUGACAGCUGGUAGUCAGUCAUGGUUGUCAGCGAAAAUCCACGAAAAUAAAAGUAUAGAAUUUAAAAGGCA